AUGGAGGACAAAGUAAUCUUUCUCUUUGAUUUCGUAGUCACCCAUUUGGAUAUUUUUGGGGUGAAGUUCGAGGAGCCCCUGAAGCUUUUGGUGAAUACUCAGUUUAUCGGAAAGUCUAUGAAGGUAACGUCCAGCCGAAUUAAUGUCAACGAAUUCGUUGCCAGGAGAGAGUUCCAGUUCGAAUCGGAACCGUCGAGUGUGCGUCAACGUCUGGAGGAGAAGGGAAUGUUUUUGGCGGCAGUUUACCAGGGAUCCACUCUGGGAUCCGCUACCUUGUUCUUUCCUGUCGAAUUUAUCGACAAGAUUAGCCCCACCAUGAACGACUUGCUACACGAGGAUUCAAUUAGUCUGAAACGUCGAGCUGACGUCGUUGGCACCAUAAGAAUUCUUGCCCGGUUAACCCUGAAGUGUGAGGAUGGUAAUAAGAGUGAAAGCCUGAAAAGAAGCAGCAGCAGACAAAGCCUAGGAAAAAGCAUCCUUCGUACCAGUAGACUGACACUGAUACCCCCAAAGGAGAAAGUCAGUCGAGUCACCUGUGCCAGCCAGGCAACGACCAUAAAUCCCCAGGAUGUCAUGUUCCUAGUCGGCGAUCCUGAUCCUUUGCUGCAAAUUCCAUCCAAUCCUUGUUCGGAACUUCCAGAAGAGGAAGGAGAUCAGCGCUUGGAUCUGGACUUGCAGCGCUACAAAAGCAUGAAGAAUCGGCAAGUGGUCUUUCCCGAUGACGAUCCCUGUCCUAAGGUAAAACCAUCGUUUAGCCAGCUUAAGAAACUUACCCAGCACUAUUCGGAUAUCAUCGACUCGGUUGCCGAGAAGAUUAAGAAUUUGGAAUUGCCCACUAACGAGGUGGUUCCAACUGAGGAGCCCCCCAAAGCUAUUCCCUUAAGUGCAGAUCCUACACCCUUAGAACGACAUAUUCCGGUUCCUGUAAGAUCUGACACGUCACACGGUGUAAAACCCAUCCGUUUUUGUCCUGUUUGCUUGUGCUCAAUGUCGUGGCUGCCGAAGUAUUCACCCUGUCCUGGAUGCAAUACAAAACCACUUCCGUUUCUUCUAGGGCAUCCAAAUAAAAAUAUUACUGCGGAUGAAAUUAUGGCCGAACAGCUGGUCAAGCCGGUGGCACCGCCCGGAGCUGAAGACUUCUGUGAACCGGUCUGCGAAAAGGUUCAAAAUCAGAUCAGAAACGAGAUAGUAUGCCCACCGUGCCGUUGCACUUGUAACGACCGAAUGAUUUGCGCUCAUUGCAGAAUCCGCAAGAUGUGCCAAGAUAUUUACGACGGUGACCAUCCGCCGGCACCCAUUCGAAAACUACCCCAACCCGGUAAGAAUGAGGACUUUUGCUUGAUCACAGAACCGGAGGACGACGAUCUUCCAUAUCUGUCAAGGGUCUUAUCCGAAAUGAAAGAUCUCUACCAGCUUCACGACUCCAAGAAGCUUUCGGCCAUCAAAGAACGCUGCGAGGCUAAAUCGCUGUUCACUAUCCAUAGUAAAAGAUCAAUCAAGGAAGUGACUGAAUCGCUUUACCAAGGAGAUAAGACCUACGGCGGGGUAAGCCAUCACCUAAUGACCGGGCACAAAACCUGCCUGCCAUCCUCAAGUGUCGUUUCCCGGAGACACGGUUGGAAUUGGCCAACAAGCCGAGAGGCACGGAAAAAUGGCUGGCGUCCAGGUGCUAUCCUGCGAUCCUCGGGCCAUGUGAUGCGCCAUUUCCUGAUUAGCUCUAAAAACCAGAAUAUUUGCCGCAAUGUGACGGACACCUAUGAGGAGAAAAAGCGAUUUGGUCAUCCAGUGCUCAACAUUUGCAAACGGAAUGGUGAAAUAUUCGUGACCCUCCGUCCACUGCCCACGUUGGGCAUGAAACAGAAUCCCAUUACAUUCCGGAUCGUGAAGAGCGAGUUGGCGGUGGCACUGCGCCAUAUUAAGCGCGCUCUAAAGAACCAGGGCUUCGAGAAAUGCUCCUGCCACAAGUCCCUUAUGUUGUGCACCUGUCGCGAUGCCUUCGAUAAGUUUCUCCUCAACAAGGCUUUGAGAAAAGAGUGCCGAAAGCAUUUAAUAGAGCCAUGUCCCGAGCACUUGGUUCUCACCGAUACGAGUGUUAGUGACAUGGAGUUCGAUCUGGAUGUGACUCCUCCUGCAGGUACUGGCCCUGUCCCGAAGACAAAUGCCCUCCGGAACGUGGUGAAUCAUGGUACUCAGACUCAGCGGAAAAACCCGCCAACUAUAGCACCCGAAUACCCAGUUCCUGUUAAUCCCUACUCGGUGGCCUACGACUGUGCACGCGGUACAGCGCUUGGCGCAGACAAUGGUGUCAAUGGAGGAGUCUUUGGCGGCGGAAUGUGGCGAACCGGUCGUGGUGUCAACGGAGGAGUCUUUGGCGGCGGAAUGUGGCGAACCGGUCGUGGAGGAGGUUUCGGAGGGGUUCCUGGUGGCGGACCAAAAGAUGGUCCCGGUGGCAAGAGCGGUGAACCGAUACCAGUGCGCUUUCCCAAGAGAUUCCUCAAACCCGCCGAAGAUGCUGCCAAGGCGGCCAAGCAGGCGAAGAGGGAGGCUUUGGAGAAGAAAAAGAAGGGCAUUGACGUGAUCAAAUAUCUACAGAAGAAGGGCACACUAGUCCGGCCCUGGAAUCCGCAGGAGGGCAAGGACAAGAGGCCAAGGCCGCCAAGAGGUGGCCCGAUCGGUGAGGAUGGCAUGACGGAUAGGGAAAGAAAGCUUAAAAUGCUCCUGACCGUUCCACCUCCUCCACUUGGUGCUAUUGCAAGGCGGAGCAAAGCAUAUGAUCCUUGCGAGGAACCCUUUCGCUAUGAUAUUGUCAUGUGAGAACGGCAUUAGUGUUUUUGGUGGUCAUAUGUCUCCGUACCCAUUUCAAUGGGCUCGGCCUUCGUUGACAAUAUGGAAAUCGUUUUUGGGAACUGAAUUUUUGGUACCUCCAACGUCAGGGUUUCGUGAAGGACUUCUGAGGAAGAUUACGAAAAAUGCUAGCAAAAUCAAAAUAAAAUAUCUUUUAAGGAAAU